UUGAAUUGAAUUUUGUUGACUGUUGCGCUCGCGCAUCUUUGCCGCCGAGCUCUAAAUAUUAAUUAUGAAUAGUUUCUUUUGUGAAUUAAAAGUUACAUUUUGAAAUAAAAAUGGAAGGUGGGGAAACGUUUCUAUCCUGCGCAGCUACUUUGGAGUGGAUCACACCUCAAGGAUCUAUUAGCAGAAAGGUUAGCUACAAAACUGCUUCUCUUCGCUUGAUUCGAAAUGAAUUUCGUGAAAUGUUCAUGGAGGUAUCUAGCGAGAAAAAUAAGGCUAUCAGGUUGGCAUUAAAGGGUAUUAAUGUAUUCAAGAAAUUCAUGGCAGAAGGCAAAGCGAGCGUGAAAUUUCAAGAAGCUGGCUGCACUCUCUUCAUCUCCAACGCGCCGCCGACAAAUCUUGUUGCGUUCCUACGUACGAUAUUUGUUAAAAUGACUGGUGAUAAAGAAGCCAAUUCCUCAACUUCCAAGCAAACAAUGCGAUCUAAAUUGCUUAGUGGUAAAGCCCAAGCCUUUGAAGACAUCAGCCCAGUCACUGUAACUGAUAUGCACAACGCUAAGAGCAAGAUAAGUAGGGCAACAGUCACGACGCCUUCACCACCUUCGAAGAAGAGAAAGUGUGAAGAUGUAGGGAAAGGACCAGCUCCAAAGAAGUUGUAUUCCCCAUCUCCACUUACAACUAUGAGUUCUUUAAAUGCUGAACAGCAGCGAGUCUUGGAAGCCUGUCUUGGUGGUAGAAACAUAUUCUUCACUGGAUCUGCCGGGACUGGGAAAAGUUUUCUGCUAAAGAGGAUUGUUACAGCACUACCGCCAGAUGUUACUGUGGCUACGGCAUCCACUGGAGUAGCUGCUUGCCAUAUUGGUGGAACCACCCUGCAUGCAUUUGCUGGUAUUGGCGAUGGUAGUGGGUCUGUAGAUAUUCUAUGUGACAGAGCUAUGAAAUUGCCAUUGGUUGCCCAGAAGUGGAGGAAAUGCAAACACCUUAUUAUUGACGAGAUUUCCAUGGUCGACGGCCUAUAUUUUGAGAAAUUAGAGGCAGUAGCAAGAUUUGUAAGAAAGAAUGACAAGCCAUUUGGAGGGAUUCAACUGAUAUUAUGUGGUGAUUUCCUGCAACUUCCACCAGUAGUGGACAAGAGUAAAACAGGAAAAAGGUUCUGUUUCCAGUCUCCAUGCUGGGACAAAUGUAUAGAACUUUGCUUUGAACUGAAGGAGGUACACAGGCAGAAAGACCAAGAAUUUAUUUCCAUACUUAACAGUAUAAGAAUUGGGCGAGUAACAAAAGAAAUCAGCGAUAGAUUACUUGGAACAGCUAGACAAAAGAUAGAAAGUGAUGGCAUUCUCGCAACAAGACUGUGUUCUCAUACAAAUGAUUCCAAAAUGAUAAAUGAUUCCAAACUAAAGGAUCUUGAUGGUGAAGAGAAAGUGUUUUCUUCACAAGAUAGUGAUAAUGCUACCAAACUUCUUGACAUGCAAACUAUUGCUCCUUCAAAGUUGGUAAUUAAAGUUGGUGCUCAAGUUAUGUUACUUAAAAAUGUCAAUGUAAAUGCUGGUCUCGUGAAUGGUGCUAGAGGUGUAGUUGUGAGGUAUGAUGAAGGAUUCCCUGUAGUGAGAUUCAAAAAUAAGAAAGAGUACACAGCAAGAACUGAGAGGUGGUAUGUUAAGAAUUCAAAUGGGACAUUGUUAUGUCGUCGACAGAUUCCAUUGAAUUUAGCUUGGGCUUUUUCUAUCCAUAAAUCACAAGGAUUGACUUUAGACUGUGUUGAGAUGUCCUUGUCAAAGAUAUUUGAGGCUGGUCAAGCUUAUGUAGCUCUUAGUCGCGCUCAGAGCUUAGAUACAUUAAGAGUGCUAGAUUUUGACUCUCGCCAUGUCUGGGCAGAUACUAGUGUUCUAGAAUUUUAUCAAAAGUUCAGACGGCGAUUACAACAAAUGGAGAUCAUUCCUUUGGGGAGACCUCUUGCAGAUAAAACAAAUAAAAAGCUAAAAUUACGAGAAAUUUUGGAGAAACAAUUAAGGAGAAAAUAA